GGAUCAGCUGACUCCGUCGGGGGGGAGGAAGAGGAGAGAAGAUGGAAGGUAACAGAGACGAAGCAGAAAAAUGUAUAAAAAUAGCAUCGAAAGCCCUGGAAGAUGGAGAUAAAGAGAAAGCCCUGAGGUUUCUCAACAAAGCAGAGAAGCUGUAUCCGACUGACAGAGCCAAAGCUUUGUUGGAUGCAUUAACAAAAAUGGGAGCCAGCGGAAAUGGUGCUUAUCGUAGAAGACCAGCAGAGAGCUCACAGAGUACUGGUGCCCAGCCAGAAAGUGAAAGCCCAGAGUCAGGAGGACAAGACUCCAAAGGCUUUACCAAAGAGCAGGUUGAAGGUGUGCAAAAAUUAAAGCGAUGUAAGGACUACUAUGAAGUGCUUGGUGUCAGCAAAGAAGCCAAUGAGGAUGAGCUAAAGAAAGCCUACAGAAAACUAGCACUCAAGUUCCAUCCAGACAAAAAUCAUGCACCUGGAGCAACAGAGGCCUUUAAGAAGAUUGGCAAUGCAUAUGCAGUGCUGAGCAACGCAGACAAAAGAAGGCAGUAUGACCUGACAGGAGGGGAGGAGCCAAGCAGCAGCCCAGGUCAAGCACAUGGAGGAGGCUUUGACUUCCAUAGAGGUUUUGAGGCUGACAUCACUCCUGAAGACCUCUUCAACAUGUUCUUUGGAGGUGGCUUCCCAUCCUCAAGUCCACACACCUUCAGCAACGGCAGGGCAAGCUACAGCCACCAAACAGAUUACCGACAAGAGAGAACAGACGAAAGAGGAGACGGUGGUUUUUCAAUGUUUAUCCAGCUGAUGCCCAUCGUGGUCCUGAUUUUAGUGUCAAUACUGAGCCAGAUGAUCUCCCCUCCACCUUACAGCCUGUACUCUAGACCGUCCACGGGUCAGAUCAUUAAACGGCAGACAGAAAACCUGAAUGUUGACUAUUAUGUGACUAGAGAUUUCAAGUCUGAGUACAAGGGCUCAGCGCUGCAGCAGAUUGAGAAAAAUGUGGAGGAAGACUACGUAUCAAAUGUCAGAAAUAACUGUUGGAAGGAGAGACAGACAAAAACAGACCUGCUGUAUGCUGCUAAGGUAUACAGGGAUGACCGAAUGAGGAAGAAGGCAGAGCUCAUGACCAUGGACAACUGCAAAGAGCUGGACAGACUAAAUAACCUUUUCAGGGGAGGAUGAGAUGGACACUUUUAGGUCAUGUCAAUGUAUAUGAUUAGAUGUUUAUGUUCAUGUUUUCUUUCUUUUUUUUUUUUUUUUAUGAAGAGUCUUAACACUAAGGGCAAACACAUCUGAAAAUAAUUUAGCUCUAGUGAUAAAGUUUAAAUUUCCCUCUCUCCUUAUAUUCCCCUGCCAACCUCUCCCACCCCCUGCUGCAGGAUAAGCCUUGUUAUAUUAUAAUGAAACAAUCUACAUAAACUGUAGAAAGAUCCAAACUUUUUUCUUUUCUCUUUUUUUUUUUUUUUAAACACUGCUUUUCUUGUGUUCCUGGAAACAAGAACGACAAGGACUUUUGAUUGUAAAGCAUUAUGCUUGGAGUAGUUAGAAUCCAAAAGGGAUUCUGCUGUCAAAUCACUCUUUAGAUCACAAAUAGCUUCCAUUGUCAUUUGCUUGACAUAAGCUUGAAAAGAGACACUCUAUAGGUUCAACAGGAGGUGCUGUCCGCCAUCAAAAUUAAUUUGUCGAAAUAUGGAGUAAAUGAAGAAGGAAGAAACCAAGAAUGAAUCUUAGCUGCCUACUGGAAUCCAUAUAUGGGUGACGAUCCAGGGAUCAUAACGAGUUACUUGUGAUUUUGCUACUAGAGAACAUUUUAUGUUGUUCACUCCAAAAUGUGAAGUUGGGACUAAACAUUGAAGGACAAUUCAACUGUUAUUCAUAAAUUGUUGUACAUUUUCAUUUUGAAUGUUUGAAGUUAUGCAGUUAUUUAAGUAACUAUAGAAGAAACAGUUUUUUUUUUUCAAUGCUCGUCUAAUCAUUUAAAUAAAUAAAGUUAUUACCAUAAACUAGA